GUGGUUUUCUGAUCCCGUAUCUGCUGAUGCUGAUUCUGGAGGGGAUUCCUCUCUUCUGUAUGGAGCUGGCCAUCGGUCAGAAGAUGCGUCUGGGCAGCAUCGGCGCAUGGAUGGCCAUCAGCCCGUAUCUGGGUGGACUGGGUAUCGCCAGUGUUGUGACCUCCAUGUACCUCUGUCUGUACUACAACGUCAUCAACGCCUGGAGCUUCUGGUAUCUCUUCCAUUCAUUUCAGUCGGUGCUGCCGUGGGCCGAGUGUCCCGUCAAUGCGAACCGCACCGGGUAUCUGGAGGAGUGUGAGGUGGCUUCACCCACUCAGUACUUCUUCUACCGCGAGACGCUGAACAUCUCGUCGUCCAUCGAUGAGAACGGAGGCCUUCACAUGGGUCAGGCGCUUUGUCUGCUGCUGGCCUGGAUCAUCGUCUACCUCUUCAUCGUCAGAGGCGUCAAAUCCACCGGCGUGGUGGUUUAUUUCACAGCUACGUUUCCGUACGUGGUUCUGAUCAUCUAUCUGAUCCGCGGCGUCACUCUUCAUGGAGCCUGGAACGGAGUCAAGUACAUGUUCACACCUAAAGUGAGAAACACCUGCUGCUUCUCUGACCCGUGA